AUGGUUUCAAAAGUUGCUAGUGCCGUGCUCCAACAAAACUUGCCUCCUAAAUUGAAAGAUCUUGGAAGUUUCAACAUAAACAUCACCAUGGGAGACAAGAAAAUCGCGAAAGCUAUGCUAGACUUGGGAGCAAGUAUCAACCUCAUGCCUUACUCAAUAUACUUGCAACUAGGUUUGGGGGAGCUUAAGCCAACAACUAUGACCCUUCAACUUGCGGAUAGAUCAGUCAAAUACCCAAAGGGGAUAGUUGAGGAUUUAUUGGUGCAAGUUAACAAGCUGAUUGUUCCAAUUGACUUUGUGGUUUUGGAGAUGGAAGAAGUGCCUUCAAAGGACAAGGAGCAUCCAAUUUUGCUUGGUAGACUAUUCAUGCCGACAACCAAGACAAUUAUAGAUGUCCAUAAAGGGAAGUUAUCCAUGACAGUCUUGGGAGAGACUGUUGAAUUUAAAGUGUUUGGUUCUUUACCUAUUCCUUCUACUUCUACUUAUGAUGAGUAUUCUUUUAUUAAUUGUGUGGACUCACUUGUUUAUGAUACUUAUUUGCAGGAGAAGAUAGAAGAUAAGCUUGAGGCUGCCCCAACACUUGAUAGGGUAGAGGAAACACUUGAUGAGGAAACUAAGGGAUUCCAUGAGAUACUAGAUAGAGCAAUUCCUGUUUUACCACAAGAAAAGUCUAUUAAACCCUUAGAGUUACCAACCUCCCCAUAUAGGGACGAGCCUAAUCCACCUAAUCUAGAGCUUAAAAAGUUACCUAAGCACCUUAAAUAUGUAUUUUUGGGAGAGGGAGAUACUUAUCUUGUCAUAAUUUUAGCAAACUUGACCCAAACCCAAGAAGAGCGACUAGUAAGGGAGUUUAGUAGACUUAGGAAAGCUAUAGGUUAUUACCAAGUUCCUAUUGUGCUAGAAGAUCAAGGGAAUACAACAUUCACUUGCCCAUUUGGGAUGUUUGCCUUUAGAAGGCUGUCAUUCGGUUUAUGCAAUGCCCUCACAACAUUCCAAAGAUGCAUGCUGUCAAUAUUUUCGAAUAUGGUGGAAAAGUUCAUCGAGCAUGGCAUUGUAUUAGGACAUGUGAUUUCUAGUAAGGGUAACGAAGUUGAUAAAGCAAAAAUUGUGUUGAUUGCUAAAUUGCCACCCCCAACUUCGGUAAAGGGUAUUAGGAGUUUCUUAGGACAUGCACGUUUUUAUAGGCGAUUCAUUAAAGAUUUUUCUAAAAUAAGUCGCCCAUUAUGUAACUUGUUAUCUAAAGAUGUUCCUUUCUUGUUUGAUGAUGAUUGCUUGAUUGCUUUUAAUACCUUGAAAGAGAAAAUAACGUCAUCACCUAUUAUCAUGGCACCUAAUUGGUCAUCGCCCUUUGAAAUUAUGUGUGAUGCAUCUGACUAUGCGAUAGGGGCUGUUUUGGGGCAGAAAGUGGAGAAGCGUUUACAUGUUAUUUAUUAUGCUAGUAGAACACUCAAUGAUGCCCAAUUAAAUUAUUCCACCACCGAAAAAGAAUUUUUGGCUAUUUUGUUUGCAUUAGAAAAAUUUAGGUCUUAUUUAAUAGGGUCUAAAGUCAUUGUGCAUUCAAAUCAUGCAGCAUUGAGAUAUUUAUUGACUAAGUCGAAUGCUAAGCCAAGAUUGAUUAGGUGGGUUUUGCUUUUGCAAGAAUUUGACCUAGAGAUAAGGGAUAAAAAGGGUAGUGAAAAUGUUGUUGCGAAUCACCUCUCUAGGUUAAUUUCUCAUUUCAACACACAUGAACAUAAAGAAAAAGACAUUGUUGAAACUUUUCCUGGUGAACAAUUGUUUGUUCUAAGUCGUGAGCCAUGGUAUGCCGAUAUUGUUAAUUAUUUAGCUUGUGGUCUAGUGCGGCAUAACCUUGCUUUUUAG